UCCGUCGCGCCAAUCGUUUCCAGCGCGAGCCCUGGGCCUCGCUAACAACGCUCUCCGCGGUUGUGUGAUGUGUUUGUUAUGUACCGUUUUUGGUUGUUGUUGUGUUACUCUUUGAUUCUCUCUCUCUCUCUCUCUCUCUCUCUCUCUCUCUCUCUCUUCUCUCUAUUUAUCGUGUCGGAAAGACUGUAUAACAUGUAGGCAAAAACAUACAGACAAGUGCAACGAACGAGGUGGUCGGUAAGGCCUCGCCUUCUGCUCGAUCAUAUUGAUUGAACACAAUUGCAUAAAUAAGACAUGAUCCACCACAACAAAUCCGGGUUUUCUAAUGUUUUAAUCUGCUCCGGUGUUAUGCAUGCCACGCUGUGUGUUGUGUGUGCAUUGGAAUCGUUGUUGAUGUUGUAGAAUUUAUAAAUUCUAGAUUUAGUGAUUUCCAUUACAGUACAGUUGUUAAGACCUUUGAACAACAGUAGAGUUACAGUGCGUUCAAAUCUUGAAUCAACAAAGCCCAUUAUAUAAAGUAUGCGGACUGGCUUACUUGCUAUGAUGAGGGAUGCACCCAUCAGUGAUGACAGAUAGCCAAUAUAGCUUAGAAGAGUGGCUAACCUUGCAAAUCUACCGCUGAAUAACCUGAUUUCCAGGAUUUUGCAUGCAGUGUAAUUGAUAUUGAAACAACUGCAGAUAACGUUCAAUGUGAGGAACACAAAUAAAUUCAAGAUGUUUAGACCAGCUUCCAAACAAUCAAAACUGCCGGCUUCUAAACGACUGGACGUAGUUGAGGAGUCUACAGGAACCGACAUGUAAUGUCUGCAAGAAAUACCACUCCAAUACCUGCAAUAGUUUAAUUUUAGAGCUUGCUGCUAGUGUAAAUCAGAUGCAACAUUGUCAUCACAAGACUUGCUCAUCGAUUGAUACGAAAAAAAGCAUACGGAGAUAACUACUCUAUCUCCUAGAUCAAAUCAAUUGUCACUUCAGCACUGUGCUUAUCGUGAUUGUCUCAUUUGCACAUCGACCACUCAUCGCGAACCACUGUCGCAAACGAUUCCAUUUCCCUCGUGUAAAAGAAUUCUAAAAUUAAACUCCAGCACCACAACCCCUAUCGCAGGGAGCGUUUUUGCAACGUUCCAGCGACGCACCCGUCGCCUCGCUGCAUGCUCGUCCGGAAGUACGCUAGGAUAUUGGUGGAAUGCAGUUAGAAAUCUGUGUCACAUUGUGAGAAGAAGAGACCACCCCACCCCCGCUCAGAACAAAUCCCCUGCCACCGCCCUCUCGCCACAUACGCAAACACACAUUGGCGACCACCGGUCCCGUCGCCCAGUGUCAUUAAACGUUCCCCUUUUCUGUCGUCCACUUGUGAACGACCACUUCCUGAUCAGCUGUAAUCAGCGUCCUUUUUUUUGUUCCUCCACCCUGGACUUUAAAUAAAACUUUCAUCUCCCCGAGUCGCUGUGUCUCGCUCGGUGCAUGCUUUGUCCGGGACCUCUACCGCCGUUGGAUCAUACUGAUUGCAAGUUCCGGAUGUGUGUCUAGCUAGGGUGGAUAGCGAGAGAGAGACAAAGAGCGACCGUCCAGAGCAACCCUUUUGGUUUUGUGCGUUUGUUCUUGGUAUCCAACUGGGUGCAGUGCAGUGUAGUGUCCACGUUGGGACGGUUCGGUUAUGUGACACGGAGAAGCUGAUAGUGCAACAGCAAAGCUCAGUAAAAAUAAGGGAUGUAGAGUUCGCGCAGUUCGAUCUGAUAUUGAGUUGCAUCACCAGUGAUACUGGUCCUGCCACCAGCGGUUCGUCCAUUGCAGACUUCCCAAUGUGGGAUGUGAAAUCUUUGGCCAGUCUCUCUGCCGAGUCCUCGUGUCCGUUCUGUGCUCUUGUGCGACUCUCCACACCGCCAUUCAAUCAGCACAUUCGCCAACUUGACUGCCGCCUCCCACACGUAGUAUGCGCGCGGGAGGGCUCCGCGUUGAUCGUUUGGGUUGAUUUUAUAUAAUCAUUUUCAAUUUCCCGGGGCCAUACACCUCUCCCUUGUUGACCUGACCCGGUAAAGCGACGCCGUUUGGAAAGAGCCAGAAGGGGCAGCAAGUGAUGUGUGCUCUCGUGUACGUGUGAAACAUUGCACUCCCAGAGCAGGGGGGAGAGAGAGAGAUGCAGUAGCUGCAUAGUUAACGCUCCCGCACAUCAGAUCAUCCCCGUCCCGCUUAUCGAGGGACCCCACUCGCUCUGAGUCGCAUUCCCUUCGCCUAGCUCUGGACCCAGCCCUACCCUGCCCCCGCAUUGCACGGUUUGUUAUCGUUCAGCGAAGCAAAAGCACAAAAAAGUAACACACACCACACGCACACAUAGGCACGCAAACUUUAUCUCCUACGAACGACAGUGCGAUCAGCGUGACAGCAGCAGUGUGUCCUCACGCCAGUUUGACGUUUGGUGUCGAUAGCAAAACAAUUCACCCUUCCGGACCAAGUGUGUGGUGACAGCGUUGCACAAAUUGCCUGUGCAAAGUGCGCACCGUUUUUCUAUUAUCGUGCCAUUGGUUGCCGAUUCUGCUCAGCUUCCAGGGCGUGAGGGCAGUAUCGUGCUGGUUUUUUGUUGUUGUUUUUGUUGGUUGUUGUGUGCAAGAGUUUGAGGUUUUUAUUAUUAUUUUAGACGGGAUCCUUUCCCACAUCUACUGCAAGGCAUUCCAAAUCCUUAACUAUUUUCUAACCAGAAUUGAUACAACACUGUAACAAGCGAAACAAGUCGGAAACGGUGUUAAAAGGCCGACAUUUUCUUCUGAACCGGGUGUGAAUAAGCAAAGCGUUUUCUUCACAAGCACGGGAUUUGCGAUCGUGAUUAGAGGAUAUUGAUAAAAAAACAGAGACGGUUAAAGUGUGAGCCAGGGCCCUGCUACCAGGGUGGUGAAAUAGCAGACAGAGUAGGUUAGUGUUAGUACCCAGCGCCUGAUUACCGGUGUGGUCGGUUUCCGAUGUAGUGGUGAACGGCAAAGCGAUGAAAUCGAACCAAAAAGUGUCCGUAUCGGAUAAGAUAAAGAUCUGGAGCUCAAGGAAUCAAAUAAUCAAGGCAGCGGCCAGUAAUCAAUCAGCUGCCGGUGCUGCCCCGCCAACCACCGACGAUGGGGACGUCGCGGCCGGCGAGCAGCCGUCCGACCCGAGCGUCCAGCUUCGGUCGCGCGAGCUGCCACCAAAUCGCAACAACAACAGCCCAUUAAAUCAGUGCAUCAACGAGCUCACGACUAACCUGCACAGCCGCCGGUGUGUGAGCGAGCUGGUGGCGGCCAGCAGCAGCAGCAGCACAGCCACCUCCGCCACGACCAACCCAAUCAACGCCGGCGAACCGGCCCAUCAGUCAACAGCAGCCGGCGGUCCGGCCCAGCAAUCAACCAGCAACGGUCCGCAACCAACCGCCAACGGGGGCACCCCGGGGCACGAUGUGGCCGGGAAGGAAGCGGCCGGCCGGGUGCGUAGCGCCAGCCAAAGUGAAGCGCAGCAGCCCCUGCUCGCCUCGCCGAGCCAUUUCGUGACCGUGAUCGAGGUGAAAGAGUCAAAGGGCAACGGUGGCAGUGGUGGUAAUGUUGGUGGUGCUAGUGACAAAUCGCCACAGGACAGUGAGACGCCGUCGGCGCCCAAGACGGCCAACUACGAGAACGUGCUGAUCAAUACCGGUGCCCGGUUCGGCGGCAGCGUGGAGAAUUUGGCCGAUCUGCCCUACCAGCAGCAGCAGCAGCCGCACACGGGCGGCGUCAACGCCAGUACGUUCCUCGAUUCGAAGCAUCCGAAACCGCCGGACCGAAGCAGUGACGGUGGUGGUGUUGGUGUUGGUGGCAGCUUUACCGGAGGUGGCAGUUCCAUCUCCGAACGUACCUCGCAGCUGCUGGGAGCAUCGGCGGCCGCCGACCACAAGAAGAAAGUACCACCGCGCCCACCGCCAAAGUAUGUGCGCCGUGCUGCGCCCGUUGAGCCACCGACCGUUCCGUCGAUGGCAAUGCAAAACCUCCGGAACAAGGAUGCUGGACCGACCCAUUCCACGCCCGAGCCGGCCACCGGCACGGCACCGGACAGCCCGAGUGUGACUAGCUCCUCGCUGGAGCGGAACAUCAAACCAUCGGAAAUGUAUCGCCAAAAGUCGUCGGACUCGCUCGACGUGAAGCUGUCGUCGGUCGGGUACGGUCACGACCAGCCCGGCAAAGCCCGGCUGCCCAAGUCAGACAGUCUCAAAUCGAAGUCGUCGAGCACGGACAGUCCGACCGGGUCGCUAGGCAAGGUGGCGAGCGGUACGCCCGGCAUCGGUGCCUCCCCGACCGGUAGCCUGGGCAAGCUGCCGACCAGCAUGACCGGAAGCAGCAGCGACAGUCCUACCGGCAGCCUCGGUAAGAUGAACCAGCAGCAGCACCACCACCACCAAACGCCUCCUUACACCAGCCAGCACUCGUACCAGCAGCGACACGGUACGGACGGUGGUUUGCCGCACGUCGAUUCGAAGGAGUCGCUUGCGUCGGGCGGUGGUGGCACGGGCACGAUCGGCAGUACCGGCGCGAUCGGUCCCAUAUCGGAGCGGAUUAAGAGCUACGAAUCCAUCUCAUCGCUCAGCUCGGACAGUAUGCGCCAGCAGAACCCGAAGGACCAGGAGCACUACUACGAUACGGUGCCGCUCGACAACAGCGAUGGGGACUACGUGUACAUUCAGCCGGGCGGCGUUGGCACCGGCUCGACCUCGAGCCGGGACGACAUCUCGACGGUGGAGAAUGCCAGCACGCUGCUGAUGCCGUCCCAUCCGCGCAGCCACAACAGUAGCCAAACCAGCGUCCAGCUGGAACCAGAAUCUCCCGGGCGUAGCAGCAAUUACGUCAAUAUAGAGUACUUCAUUCACUCCAGUCAAAAUAAUGAAAAUCGCAGCAGUUCCAUCGAUAGCGACGGUGAGGGCGACGGUGGCGCACCGGUACUGAUGCGUGCGAUCUCGACCGACACGGACGCCGGCAGUGGUGUGGUGGGCGCUAUGGGAGCUUCUCCCGGCGUCGGCACAUCCAGCGGAAGUGGCCUAUUCCGCAAGGUGUCGAACGCCAACCGGGACACGAUCAUACGGCGCAUCGUGACCAGCAUCAUCACGAGCGAAACGCUGUACGUGGAGUGUCUGAACAAGAUGAAGCAGUACAUGAAGGCGAUCCGGGCGACGCUGACCACUUCGCAACCUGUGAUAUCGGAGGAGGAGUUCCAGACGAUCUUCUUCAAGAUCGAGGACCUGCACGAGGUGCACAGCGAGUUCCUGACCGAGCUGCAGGCCCGGCUGGCCGCACCGGACGAGCCGGGCUCGCCGGACGGCGGAGGCCUGUGCGUGGGCGAACCGUUCCGCCGGUUGGCUACCCAAAUUCAUCUGUACGGUGCGUUCCUGCACAACUACGGCCGGGCGAUCGACACGGUGAAGAUGUGCAGCACGCACAGCCAGCAGUUCAAGGAGAUCGUGUCGAACAUCGUGUUCAAGAACCAGAACGAGCAGAAGCUGUCGCUGGAGGAGCUGCUGCACAAGCCGGUCGCCCGCGUCCAGAAGAACGCGCUCGUGCUGGAGGAUCUGCUCAACCAGACGCCGGAACAGCACCCGGACUACCAUCCGCUGCGGCAGGCGUCCAAAACGAUACGCAACUUCCUGUCCGAGUUUAACGUCGUGCAGACGCGGUCAAUGUUCCCGAGCGACGAUAAAGCCCUCCGGCGGCUGGUGAAGAACUCGUUCAUCGUGGAGCUGGCUGACGGGCACCGGAAGCUGCGCCAUCUGCUGCUGUUCAACGAUGUGAUCGCGUGUGCCAAGUACAAGGCGGUCGGCCGGGCCGGUGACCGGAACGGGUUCGAGUUCGAGCUGAAGUGGUACAUCCCGCUGCGGGAUAUACUGAUCUGCGAGGAGUCGGCGAACGAUCCGAAAGAGGCGAGCCCGAUCAACAUCGUGCACCUGAAGUCGCAGGCGUGCACCGUGCGCGACCAGAUCAUGCUGGACGAGAAGGACCGGCCGGGCGGUUCGAGCCGGGCCGGCGACAAGCACCGGAAGAAGCUGGCCGAUCUCGAGGCGCAGCUGGUGCUGGCGUCGCCGAACCUGGUGUUCAAGAUCGGCAACAAGGCGACUGGCAAAACGAUGACGUUCUUCCUCAGCUCCGACUUUGAGCGUACGCAAUGGAUCGAGUCGAUACUUUCUCUGCAGCAAUCCUGCAACCUGCCCGGGCACAUCCCGGUACAGAUCUACGAUCUGCACGCGUGGAUAACGGCCUGCCAGUCGCUGAUCAAGACCGAGAUGGGGUCCUACCUGAUGCGGAACGCGCGCGACGAGAGCCUGCUGGUCGGCGACCUGCACCUUACCAUCCAGGGCCUGAGCGGGUUCGACCAGCCGUGCGAUCUGUUCGUGUGCGUCGAGAUCGACUCGUACGGGCACUACUUCCGCAAGGCGAAGACGAAGCUGGUCUGCCGCAGCGCGACGCCCCAGUGGAACGAGUCGUUCGUGCUUGAGCUGGAGGGCAGCCAGAACCUGCGCAUCCUGCUGUACCAGGACGAUGUGCAGCGCCCGAUACUGCGCGCGAAGCAUAUUCUCAAACUAAGCCGUAGCUGGAUGCAGGAAACGCCGACCAGAAAGGUACUACAGCUGUCCGAGACGCUUAGCAUCAGCACGAUCAUUCGGUUUGUGCCGGGCGAGGUGACGUUGCGCCGUGUGCCAACCUCCAAGCCGGGCGCACUGUUCGGUGCCAAGCUGCAGCAAGUGAUCAAACGCGAAAAGCGAGACAUUCCAUUCAUUGUGAGCGCGUGCGUCCGGGAGGUAGAACGGCGCGGCAUGACCGAGGUCGGCAUCUAUCGCGUGUCCGGGUCCGCGUCCGACGUCGCCAAGCUGAAGAAGUCGUUCGAGACGAACGCGUACGAGGCGGAACAGCUGCUGAAGGAGGUCGACAUCCACUCGGUGACCGGGAUCCUCAAGUCGUACUUGCGCGACCUGCCGGAAGCGCUCUUCACCGAUCAGUAUUAUCCGAAGUUGUUUGACGCGUUCAACCGCCACUCGAACCUGAGCGAGGGGACGCGCAUCCACGAGCUGCAGCGCAUCUUUGCCGAGCUGCCGCAACCGAACAAAGCUACCAUCAACCUGCUGCUGGACCAUCUGAUGAGGGUACAUCAGCAGGAGAUCGAAAACAAGAUGUCGCUCCACAAUCUGGCGAUGGUGUUCGGGCCGACGCUGCUGCGACCCGGGCCGAGUGCGACCAAGCAGAAGGACCUGCUCGAAUCGAGCACGGCCGACGUGAUGACGCAGGCGGGCAUCUUGUACAGCUUUCUGCAGGCCCGCCUAAAGUAAUGCCGGCUGGAAGUGUUCCAACCGCCCCUCCCCCCAAACACCCCAGACCACGAACGGCGUCCAACGUCUCUAGCAAGCAACGGGGCGGGGACAAAACCUCCGACGGAAGCACUUCAAAAUGGCGCAGCCAGAACUGAACGAUUUAAUUAUUUCUUGUUUAAUUUGUUUUACGUUUCAAUCGUCCUCGUCCUCACCCCACCUUCCAGUGCCAGCUUGGGGGUACAAAAUCGAUCUGUCCGCAUACCCCUACCCGAAGGCACCUAGAGUUUUUCUCUCCUUUUUGACCAAGGUCCGCGGGUGUGUGUGAUGGCUUGUUUUCGCUCGUGCAUGAAUUUUGAAUUUGGUUUUGGAAAGGAAAAUGCAAAAUACACCCAACCCACCCAUCUCCCCUGCUGUACAGACGCUCGUGGGCUGGACCGGUCCGGUACGAAAGAUUUCUGCAUCGUAAAGAAGCUACAACAGAGGGUUGUAGUUAUCCCGCAUCAAAGACUUCCAACCGCAUUGGUUGUUUUGUCGUUUUUAAUCCGGUAAAGCAAGCCCAAUAAUCCAAUAAGGCAUGCUCGUUUGUGCGACCAAACGCAUAAUUUACUCUCUGCAGCACGGUGUGUGUGUGUGUGUGUGAUAAAGAAAGAUAGCAGUAGUCGGUCGCACUAAAUCCAACAUUGUUUGACUGCUUCGAGAACUUAUAUAAUAUCAUUCGUUUUCGCUGUGAAACCAAAAUGAGAAACAAAAAAAAAAGAACGUCAAGGUAUUUAAAAGUAUUAGCUUUUAUGUAAAACAACUCCCAAAGGAUCCACACAGAGAGACACACACAAAAAACGACCCAAGGCAGCUCCUUUCGCUUCUCGCUGAUCGAAAGCGAAAACUUUAACAAACAGACCACGGUGAAAUUAACAGUUUUUGUUAGGUUUUUCAUAGGUUUAGGUUAUAUUUUAAAUGGCACGCAGCGGCUAGGAACUAAUUUUAUCCCUUAGGCAGGACAUUUCGGGCGCGUUUUAGGUUAGUGCUUUUGUUAAUGUGUUGCUUCAAAAGCAAUUCCACUUCCUAACCGACACGUCCCUGCUGUAUGGUGUUUGCUUGCUUUAAGUUGAUAUGGUUUGUUUGCGUAACCGGAACCGUGUUCGGGCACACGAGUUAGUUUUUUUGUCUGCUUCUGUUUGCUCUAUCCUGCUGUCAUUUUUAUCGUUUUAAAUUAUUUAACUUCCCUUAAUUUAUGAGACACUAGGCACACAUCGCACGAGUGUGAUGGAGAAUUGAGAAUUGAGAAUUGAGUUCAAUGCAGCCGAAAAGAUGUUUUAAAUGAGUGUUUGAACUGCGAAUAACAGCUCAAUUUAACUUUUUUUGCUUUGGAAAAGCACGAUUUUUUUUAUCAUACUGAGCAGCAAUAUUAUAUCAUUUCCCCCAAUUUGGGCUGCUACUCCAUUCCAAAUCUGCCCCCACGAGCGAAACAGCCACAGGACACGAGGGGCUAGAUUGACGAGCGAACAGUAAAAAUAAAGAGUUUGUGAUCCGAAGAAAGCAAAUAAAAACGUGGAAAACCCGAACAGCCGACGCAAAACCGCAAUCUUUAUACAGACAAAAAAAAAACUAACACUAUACAUAUAUAAAUAAAUAUAUAUACAUAUUAUUAUACUUAUUACUUGGGCAACUAUACAAAUAUACAUUUAAAUAGUUAUAUUGCGUAGACAUUAUACCUAAAAGCCAUUGAUACUGCAAAAUCGAAAACAAAUACACUCACCUGGCAGAAAAGUAUUUAGAGGAAGAAGAAGAAAAAAUCCGCCUAGGCAUAGUGGUACAAGGGCGUGCAAAGUUCGGUUGCGAGCAAAAGUUAGUCAGCGGUGGCAGGCAGAAAAACAGUUUAAAAAGGCACACGAUAUGAAGGGGGGAAAGGGAAAGCUAGAAACUACCACAGCGGAACAGGGGACGGUUCCGGGGCAACGAAAGUGCCGGUGUGCUUUCCAGGGAAAGGCGGAAGAAAAAUGGCGCGCUGUUGCGUAUUAAACAGGGAACAGUUAUUACGUCUAAAUAGUAUGUCUUAAUAUUCACCUCAGCUUAUCGAAAACGAAAGAAAGAAACAAACAAAAACAGGUUUACACACUCCCCCAUUUAUUGAUAGUAUUUGUAUGAGCUAAGCAAAAAAAAAAAACAAAAAAACAAACAGAUGCCCGGUUACUGGACAGCUUGGUGCCGCAUUUUCGGGCCUUCCUCCCCCGGUUCCAAUUGAUGGUCAGGGUUCUUUAUUCGAAUUUGUCAUUUUUUUUUUGAAAAUUUUCCUCCGAUGCAAAAGGCAAUUAAUGGUGUAAAAACGGGAAAAUGCUAGAGUGUCAUCAUGCUUAACAUUUGGACCACGAUAGUGGCGGGGGAAGCAACAA